AACAGGUUAGAAUUGGAUCUUUUUCCGAUUUCGGAUGCAACUUCCACCCGCCUCAUCAUCAAAGGAUCAAAAGGGGUGAGCGCAAGAAUAAUGAGGCGUUGGCACCUCGGCACCAUAAACCAUCGCAGUGACAACAACCAGCAGUAAUCGGUACCACUUGAAAGAUGAACUCAACGCUAGAAGAUGGUGGAGCAAUGGAUUCACUCCUGGAAGUGCCAGUGGAAGCACAUGAGCAGACUUGGUUCACGAGGAUCUUUUACGCCGGCAUUCUGUUUCACACUAUCCCAGGUGUGGCCAUGAUGCUGGGCGGCUUUGCUAUGUUGAUGAUCUGCUUAUUCCGUGCCCGAUCCUUGCGUCCUGGUCAAUCCUUUAGUUCCGCCUACAUUCCUGAGAGGAACUAUGGACUCGUCCAAUGCGUUGCGAGCGGGCUGUUUGUCUUGAUCAUUUUGGCCACGCUGCGGCAGAUUACCAGUCCCUGUUUUACCGGCGCUGGCAGCGCCUCCUGGUUGUGCUGGCUGAAUCAACCUGGACAUGUUGCUAUGUAUGGGUCUUAUGCCAGUGUUUGCCUUGUGGCAUUGUUGGAGUCUACCGGCCGACUUUCAAUGGAUUCCUGGAGGAUUGCACUUGUCCUGUGUUGCUUGAUGAACUACCUUUUGAUGGCAGGACAUUCCGACAUGAAACCCACUCUCGAGGAUAAAUUGACUCACAAAAUUUGGGGAGACAUUGAAUUGUAUCAUGCCGUCAUUCUGUUCUAUUCUGUUUAUAACGCGUCAAGCUUGCCCGCUUACUUGGGAACUUGGAUCAUGUUUCUUCUGAAAGGAUGCUGGAUUGUUUUGUCAGGGGUACAGCUGCAGUUUCAUAUCAUGGACAUGGAAGUGAUUCGACCGGUAUUCGUGCUACUGGUGCUCUUCUUCACAGGCGUGACUACCGUCAUUGGGGCCUUUUUUGGGAACAUUCAUUAUCAAUCCGAUUUGUCGCUUCGAAACAAGAGUGUCGACAGCAUGAACAAUGACGCAUACCAGACAAGGAAUACUGCUGGGAUUUUAGCAGAAGGAGAAGACUACAAGCGCUUGUUGCAGUCGUCGGAUGAUCAAAACUCGCUGUUUGAGAAUGAACAAAUUUAAUUGUCAAUUGAGUGUGCCCGCAAGGAGAGACUAAACUAGAAAAAGUGACGAGAAAAUUUGCCGAAACAUGUUUUAUCGUUGAGUUAUUAAAGUGCCUUUGACAACUCUUCAAUAGUCGGAACACAGGCUUGGCCCUAUGCCAAGCCUAGUAGUCAGUUGACAGCGUACCGGUAAGGUCUCUGUUUCAACACCAAGACCAACACAUCUUACCUAACACUGGGACCUCUUCCAAGUCC